CAGUCGUGGUUGUUGUUAUAUUAUGUGUUUCAAAUGUUAUUUUGUUAUACGGAACGGAAGAACGGGGCGUUAGCCUCUUAGCAGAGUUAUUGAUCAGCGGCGAAACCACGUUGACGUGCGCCAUGCGAAUUGGACCCGCUUCGCGCGGUUUACUGCUCGCUUUUCUGUAAACAGGGACGUGGAAUUAACCAGUUCCUCCGCUUAUUGUUUUAGUGAGUGUUUCUGAUUAAAGCGCUAUAACUGACAUUAGCAUACCAUCUGGCCUGGUUCGGCGUGGUCUUUGUGUGAAUUGACUGCAAAAUAACGGCUGUGAAGUGUCAUUUGAGGCUCGUGCCCCCUGUUUAGAUCCCCAUCAUGGCAGAUCCAGAUCUUGAUUUCACCAGCGGAGAUGCCGGGGCUUCGACCACCUUCCCCAUGCAGUGCAGCGCCCUGCGCAAGAACGGAUUCGUGGUUCUGAAGGGUCGCCCUUGCAAAAUUGUGGAAAUGUCCACUUCUAAGACUGGCAAGCAUGGUCAUGCAAAGGUUCACCUGGUUGGAAUUGACAUUUUCUCAAAUAAGAAGUAUGAAGAUAUCUGCCCCUCCACGCACAACAUGGACGUGCCUAACACCAAAAGAAAUGACUACCAGGUGGUUGACAUCAGCGAGGGAUUCCUUUCUCUUAUGAUGGACAACGGAGACGUGCGUGAAGACUUGCGUGUGCCAGAAGGUGACCUGGGCAAAGAAAUCGAAAGCAAAUUUGCAGCUGGUGAAGAAAUGUUGGUUACUGUGCUUUCAGCUAUGGGCGAAGAAUCUGCAGUGGCUGUCAAACCCAUGACCAAAUAGGAAGAAAGACUGGGCUGCUCAGGCUGCAACAUGCUACACUUUAACAAAUCUCUUGCAUUUGUUUUUUUGGUUUUAUUUGUCACCAAAGCUAUGGCCUUCACAAGCAACCUCAAAUUUUUUUGCUGUGAUUGUAUUCCUUUUUUCUUCUCCUUCCAAUACUGUGCUGGACUUGUCGGGUCAGUUGGCAUUCUCUCGGGUAAGAGGUUUAAUACUGUCAGUGUUUACCCCCUCAACCUCCCCCUUUUGUCCCCCCUCAGGUUUUUACCACUUACAUUCCUGAACGUAAAAUAAUGGGAUCCAUUUUUCCUUUAUUGUAUUCUUGAAUUUCUUAUAGUAAUUAGUGUGCAGGAUUUACGCAAGGUGUUGCGAAGAGAGGAAACCCCAACUGACACUGAACUUUUUUUUUUUCUCUCUCUCUCUCUGAGUGUCAUACUUUUACUUACCUCCUAGCAUGAUCUACGCCAUGCUGACACUAUAGUUAACUUCUCUCAAUUGAAUGCCCCCACCCCACCCCAAAGUGAGAUGCAUACUGGUAGUUGGCACUUCCUUUUACUUGCAGUACUUUAAAAGUACCUUCUCAAGUAAAACCGCUAUGACUGAGAAAUAAACUCCAGUGAAAUGUCCCCUUAAAUGCCAGUCUCUAAUUGUUCAGAAGUGGAAAGGAUGUGAUGGCCAUGUGCGGAUACCUCUGUAACACAAUAGCAGCCAGCUUGAUUUUGGCUGUCAUUGAUGACCUUAAAUAAAGUGUUGAAGCCUG